AUGGCUCUUCGCCGCCGCCGCCGCCGCCGCCGCUUGACCAUCUACAGUCUACACAGCCUUUGCGCAACGCUGCACCAUUAUGAUACUCUACUUGCUAAAAAAGCAUCAUCAUCAUCAUCAUCAUCAUCCUCCUCAUUUCUUGGGAACCGAGGUGAAGACAACUUCCAGGGUGGAACAAAGUCCCAGCACAGCACAGAGACUGUGCCUGGCGAUCAUGCGAUGCCUAUCGACAACUCGCCGGACGCUAAUAUCCGAUGUUGGCAAGCGCGCCACAGCUCGGGCCACCGAGGGAAGUUCCCCUCCCACGAUCGCAUCGUCGUCGACGGUAUGAUGACGCAUGUUAUGCGCCUCAUGGGCUGGCUUACUCUCAUGCGCAGUCGUGUAUCAAGAAAAGCUUGCUUGUUUCCAGAGCCCGCCCUGCGCAUAGGAGGAGACUCAUCUUCCAUUCGCAUGGCCAACCUAUUCCGCAACGUGCUGCCUGCCCUCGAGCCUCGAGGACGCGUCAUGACCGCUGACAUGCAGAAAGUUGCCAACCGCGGCGUCUACAGAGCGCGCUGCUGCGUUCAGUCAUGCCAGCCAAUCAGCUUGCACCCUUCAUCUGACGCUUUACCCCUUUCGGCACGCAGGGCGCAUCCGGUGUAG